AUGUUCCAUACUUUUCCUUAUGACGGUCUUAAAGCUUGUGUAGCUGCUCCUGGAGCCUCCAGCGACCAUGCUCCUCAUGGUCCUCCUGGAGCCUCCAGCGACCAUGCUCUUCAUGGUCCUCCUGGAGCCUCCAGCGACCAUGCUCUUCAUGGUCCUCCUGGAGCCUCCAGCGACCAUGCUCCUCAUGGUCCUCCUGGAGCCUCCAGCGACCAUGCUCCUCGUGGUCCUCCUGGAGCCUCCAGCGACCAUGCUCCUCGUGGUCCUCCUGGAGCCUCCAGCGACCAUGCUCCUCAUGGUCCUCCUGGAGCCUCCAGCGACCAUGCUCCUCAUGGUCCUCCUGGAGCCUCCAGCGACCAUGCUCCUCAUGGUCCUCCUGGAGCCUCCAGCGACCAUGCUCCUCAUGGUCCUCCUGGAGCCUCCAGCGACCAUGCUCCUCGUGGUCCUCCUGGAGCCUCCAGCGACCAUGCUCCUCGUGGUCCUCCUGGAGCCUCCAGCGACCAUGCUCCUCGUGGUCCUCCUGGAGCCUCCAGCGACCAUGCUCCUCAUGGUCCUCCUGGAGCCUCCAGCGACCAUGCUCCUCAUGGUCCUCCUGGAGCCUCCAGCGACCAUGCUCCUCAUGGUCCUCCUGGAGCCUCCAGCGACCAUGCUCUUCAUGGUCCUCCUGGAGCCUCCAGCGACCAUGCUCUUCAUGGUCCUCCUGGAGCCUCCAGCGACCAUGCUCCUCAUGGUCCUCCUGGAGCCUCCAGCGACCAUGCUCCUCAUGGUCCUCCUGGAGCCUCCAGCGACCAUGCUCCUCAUGGUCCUCCUGGAGCCUCCAGCGACCAUGCUCCUGGUGGCCAACUUUCCGUUAUCAGUGAAUAA